AUGAGGGUCGACAAUUCCUUAAAAUGGAAGGAUAUUGAAUUAUAUGUGGUGAAGCACCCCGAGGAUCUUACGUGCCACGUUCUCCUCGUGAGAGUUGCACACAGACUUAACAAAGGCAAAGGGAACAAAGGCGUACCCAAGGCCUGUUUUCAUCUAUACGGAAUGGAACAACAACCUGGGUCUUUAUGUCGUCCAGGACAUCCCUUGUCGAUAAUACAUUCGCCAAUGUCCCCGAGAUAUUUGGACCCUCACCAAGGGACCGGAACACCGGCUCAGCACCCCUUUACCCCUAUUCACAUCAAAGAAAGUGCCAAAGGAAUACCAAUCUUUAGAAGAGCUAUGAAGAGUAAUGAGGGCUCUUGGAUCACGGAUCCACGACGCGCAUUGACUUAUGAUACGGCGCUAGAAUAUAAGAAGUCUACAAAUGCUUCAGCUGGGUUCAAAGAAAAUAGGAACCCUACACAAAUACCGGAACGGGGCUGCUAG